AUGUUAGCCUACUCUGUUGAUACUGACGCCGCCGCCGCCGCCGCCGCCUCCACCACCACCACCACCACCACCACCACCACCACCACCACCACCACCACCACCACCACCACCACCACCAUCGCUAACGGUGUCGCCAUCGAGAACACGGUACUGUAGGUGAUCCUGGCAGGUAAGUGUUCAUAUUGCCCUUACCUUCCUGAGGACACGUCUUCAGAGAUAUUAUAUUGUUCUGUAAUUUACAGGAUCGCCUGAAAAUAUUAAAAGUUCACUGAUGGCAGCAUAAAUAAAACCGAAUUUGUGAAUGAGCUAUUGCUCGCUGAUUGUCCGUUGCAAGUAACUUUGACGUACCACGUACAGGCACUUCCUCGAAUUUCCGUUAUAAGCCUUCAGUCCAUCAGAAUUCAAUAUUCGUCCUACAUGUGGGCCUGCAAAAGCAAGUCCAUUCAACCUCCCGGGGUUCUCGUACAUAUGUGCUAAUGCGUGCAUCAGACUUAAGUCCGUUACCAUGGUCUCGCGGAAGUGAACCGCGCUGGGGUCGCAAAGUGAUAAUUAAUUGUUUAUACGUUACCCUAGUUACCGUGUGAAGUGCUGCGAAGGUUUCACUCCAACCCCAUUAGAAAGCAGUGGAGAGGUUUUGCGAUUUAUACCUUUUGCAGUACUUUCUUUCUGAAGCCGCUACAGGCGCAAUGAAACUAAAAUGCAAGUUAAUAGAGAGGGAACUUCGAUGAUACUCACCCACUUCUUUGCUAGCACAAUACUGUCCUCAGAAUCUCGCAAACGUUAUUUUACCUAUGCAAAACGGAACAUGACGAGGACAAACGGUCCUCCACCGAUAGAGCAAUGAAUUUGGAAUGAUACCAUGCUCAGGACGUGUAGAAAGAGAAGCGCCCAACUAAUUUCGCCCUGCAACUUCAGAGUACAGAGAGGCAAGUGCUGUUGAGGAGGACAAUGGAAGUUGGGAUGUCGUUUUUUCCUUAAUUGCCAAGUUGAAACGAUCAAAUAUUCGUUUUUUGGGUUCAGUCCGCCAUAGAUCAUUUUAGUAAAAUGUUCCCGCCUUUGACCCGGAUUUAAAUCACAGGCCACUCCUGUGCUGGCAUUUGGCAAUGACCAGUUGAUAGCGACAGGUGAGACAGAAAUGGAGAUUCCGGCGGCGAAAGCGAGAGCUGCUAAUUUUGAUAGGCAUGUGAUUGUACCUUAUAUAUAAUGGUAGAGGGUACUCGCCGACCGGCUAUUUAUACAUACAGGUUGAAUGGCAUUAUUGAAAAAGACAAAGGAGACUGGAAUGACCAUUUUCGCCUUACUGGCCGUCCUCAGCCGGUCACACCCAAUUCCGAAGUGUGGGACACGCGGGGCUUGAUUCCGCCACCUGUUGGUUUAAAGUCCAACGCCUCUAACCACUAAGCCACGGGCUCGUUGUCCUAUCGGUUGCGAGAGGAUAUAUACAAUGGUAUAAGGACGCUUACCAAUCGCGCUACGGAAUUCGUCCCAUUGUGCCUUGGAACUCUCUCUAGAGCCCCGCUAGCAGUCGCAGAGCGGCGCGUGAUAUAGGCAGUGUGCAUAUAUAUGUAUUGAUAUAGGCGAAAAAGCGCUCGAGUAUGACUUUGGAAAGUCAGAUGAAUAAAUCCUCAUCCCCAGAGCUCACCUACCAUCUUCUUCAAUACGCACACACACACAUAUAUAUAUAUGUAGGCAGAAUGCUAUUACCGACAAAGACAAGGGAGACUGGAAUGGCCAUUUCUGGCUUAUUAGCCGUCGUCAGCCAGCCAUACACAAGCCCGAAGUGUGGAACACCCGAGCCUCGAACUCGCGACCUGUUGGGUUAGAAGUCCACGCCUCUACCCACCGGGCCACGAGCCCGUUGCCCUUAAGGCACAACGGAACGUGUGAGUUCCGUAUGAACGAUCGGUGAGCGCCCCCUACCAUUGUAUAUUCCCGAUCGAAAACCGACAGGGCGACGGGCUAGUGGCCCGGUGGGUAGAGGCGUGGACUCCUAAAAACCAACAGGUCGCGAGUUCGAGGCUCGGGUGUUCCACACUUCGGGCUUGGGUAUGGUUGGCUGACGACGGCUAAUAGGCCAGAAAUGGCCAUUCCAGUCUCCCUUGUCUUUGUCGGCAAUAGCAUUCUGCCUAUAUAUCAUGCGCCGCCGUGCGGCUGCUGGUUGGGCUCGAGAGAGAGAGAGAGAGAGGCUGUAAGGCACAACGGAACGAGUGAGUUCCGUAAGAACGAUCGGUGAGCGCUCUCUACCAUUAUAUAUAUGCAUGUCAACAUGAGUGAGGAUUCAAUGUCCAGAUAAAUUAUCCGUUCAUCAUCCAUUAAAAAGACGAAGAAGAAAAAGGGUGACUGCAUGGACCACACUGUAUUGAUGCUGACGUUUCGGAAACUUCCUCCUUUCCAUCACCAGAGUGGUGGGGUGUCUGUUCCUGCUGGCUCGGAUUUGUUUUGUCUUGCCGCCUGUCUCGUGUUGUAGGCGUUCCUGACGCACGAACUCUGACCUGCCUUCUGGCUGGGUAUUGGGUAUGGUCUCUCCGUGUGCGACCGCUGGCGCGCUCCUGUGACCGCUGCCGCCUGCCCGACUGUCGUAGUCACUGCAAGGUCUGUGUGCCCGUUGGCCCUCCCCUCAUAACCGGAUGGGCUGAUCAGCUGCCGUUGCAUGUGCUAAUCACGCUCGGCUGUUUUGGCGCGCCGAUGGGUCGAUGUCUCGCGUUGGUCGUGUGACCCCCGGCUGGCCCUUUCCCCCUGCUGUGAAGGUGACAACUGCUGGGGGAGCCGCGACUUGCUCGCCAGUGCUGUCGGCCCCGUCUGGGCGGACUGGAGCAUUGUAAGUAGCGCCUGGUAGGCCGGAUGAAGGUCAAUAGCCCUGUUGAUUGUGCCGACUGAGGACCAAUUUUCGAGCACAGACUGGCCAUCUUGUCAUGGGGUCGACCGUGGACGCUUGCUUCCCCAAAGGCGAAACUGUGUUUCUCCUGUUGCAUGUGGCCAUAUAACAGUCACAGUCUAUCCUCACGGUUGACUGCCAGCUGGUGCCCAUGCAGUCUUGUGCAGAGGCGUUUCCCCGUUUAACCUGCAAACCUCGCAUUGUAAUUCUGGCACGGUAUGUUGUAGAACAAACAGCUCAACACUCUGAUGAUGGGAACGAGGAAGUUUCCGAAACUUCAGCACCAAUACAGUGUGGUUCAUGCAAUCGUCCCUUUUUAUUCUUCGUCUUCUUUUGGAGAUGAUAUACGGGAUAUACAUAUAUAGAUAUUGCGGCUUUUUAAUUUCCUCAGAAAUUAAUCGCUAACUUGGAGUAAAUCAGUCUAUUUGAGACUCAUAGGCUCAGACUGAAUUUUUGUAUGAAUAUUUGAACCGAAGUUUAUCAGCCACUCCGGAAUAAGCCCGUAAUAUUCCCGAACAGCCAACAGGCAGUCAGUAGCCUAUACAACCAGUAUCUGUGCUGUCUCCAUAUUUAUGCAUGAACAUAUACAUAUAUAUGCCACAUGUAUUGCGCGUCCGCUGCCAUUAUUAGUUGUCGUAGCGGAUGCUGGCUUCGAUUGAGAGUCCGAAACGCCAGGCAACAAAACUCUUGCCACUCUGAUCUGGCCAGCUUCGUUUGAAUUGUCUAUCAAUAACCACCUAUUUUCUGUGUUGACAUUUUUCGUCUCCCUCAUCUUUUUUUAAUCUUUUAGCAUACAGCAUGUGACGUGUCUCCAGAGGCAUUAGUUCGAAUGCUGAAUGAUUAUUUCGGCCAGAAAGAAUCACUAUAAUAUUGGUUAUCAAUGGUAUUGCAGUCACACUAGUGUGUUGGUUUUUAAAUGCACUUUUUUUCUACCGCCUGCCUAAAGUACGCCAGCUAAAUGAUGUCUGCGGAUUUUAGAUGUCUUAAUAAAUUUAAACAUAUUUCGCGGGAAGCUUACAUGCAGUUUUUUGCAUUCAUUUUGCAGCGAACUACUUAUUCACCAAAUUUUCCACCCAAAGAAAGAUAUCCUUUGAACUUCAAAAUAUUUUUAUAAUUGUGAGAUUUUUGAGACCGUCAAUUUCCGAUUCAAAUAGCAUCUCAUAUGUACGUUUGCACUAUCAAUGAAAUGUGCAACAGGCUUCUUAUCCAUGACAAAGUUUUACGAGCACAAAACUCUUCUUAGUAGCAUUGAGAAACUUCUGUUUUUCCCUAAAUAGAAACUUGCUAUUAGGAAACCCUAAGCGUAGGUGCGACGACACAUAGGAUUCAGAAUUGUUCGAGAAUCCAAAAACAUUAAUAAUAUUUGAAGUCACUCCUUUUUCCGAAUAUAAGUUGAAAGAUGAAGUAGUUUGCCACAAAAAGGAAGAAUGGGCACUUUUAUACAUGCUUUUCGAAAAAGAUGCCCAACUCCGAGACGGCGUCCGAAAUAAAUGGAAGCAAUCAUUCUAUUUAUGCAAUACUUUUAGCGCUUUCAAAGUUUCCGGGUAACCGGAGGGAAAAGUAUUCAUAAACUGGGGUCUUGGCUUGACUGAAUUAUGCUGGGUUUGUGUUGGAUGACAACUAACCCUUUCCAACAGAGGUAGUAUUCCAGACUUCUAGUUAACGUUUCAAUACAUACUGGAUGUAAUUAUUUGACGUUAUAUAACAGUCUGCGCAGGUUUCGGAUUGGAAAUCCAAGCGAAAACGGAAUGAACACGUUUGUCUAAGUGACCAAGUCAACGAAACGUCACUUCCAGGUGAUUAAAAAAGUUUUGCCCACAGUCAGUAGGAUAUGAAACCAUGACUCAUUCGUUUAGGCGUUUGAUCCGAAUGCUCGGUGACCUGCUGCACCUGGGUUCAAACGUCUGGUCGCCUCGUUCUCAGACUGAGAUGUAGUUAGCAGAUGUCAGCGAACGAAUCGGAACUGGACACCAGUCUUUUUGUCCUUUGUUAGCAUUCCUUAUAUGCCACAUAAGCAUUUGCCUAUGAUGAGAACAGACAUCCUCCCAACUGGUCGUAUUCUCCGUCGUAUCCUAUUAGGCCAGGUGGGUGAGCCUAUCUCUUCCAGGAAAUUUGUCCGCAAAAGUCAAAAAUAAUACCCGGUGGGACCGAUUUAUGUAAACGUUUAACCAGGACAUGGAAAUGGGGACGCCCCGUUCAAGUAAUAAAAGUGGAAGUCCUCAUAAUUCUUGAAAGUGCAAAUAUUCCCCUGUCUUAACCCCCAACAAUAGCCUUAAUGUAAAACUAAACUGCUGCCCUAGGCUUGACCCUAACCCUGCCCUAAACAUUAACUUUGCCGUUAACACUAGCCCGAACCUUAAUCCUAAAAAUUGAUCCUGAUUUACCUCACUGUUGACUUUUAACGGUGACAUUUAAAGAGUCUAAUUAAUCUAGUAAAAUUACUCAGUCUAAUUUCCUCAAAAGACUAUAACGAAUAUAACAACACCGACCUCACCUUGUAGCUGAUAAGUAGAUGGCUCUUAAAAGCGAUCAAACUUGUUUAAAUCUCCCUACUAUAUGUGUGCUGAAUUGGGCAAAUGUUUACGGAUAAAAAUUUCUGUAAAAUUAAUGGUCCCCUUAACGAAAUUAGAGUCAAUCAGAUAUUCCCUUACGAAAUAAUCUUUUCUAAAAAAGUUACUUCCGAGUCUACUUUAACAGUACUGUUGACGGAAAGUGGCCUCUAGGCAGCCCAAAGAUUGUUUGCACUUUCUGAGAUGAACAAAAGUUGAGUUUUAUUUACAACCUUUGAGGACGUCUAAGGUCGAGAUGUCUGCCACCAGUUGUAAGCCCGUUGUACGCUCGCUCUCGCAAAGGAGUAAUCAAGAAAGUUUUGAACUUAUACUUCCCUCAACACUAAGGUCCUCUGUCAACGUCUGGGAAGGGCAGUUAUUUGUACUUUUUAGUUUUACUUACUUUCUCCCGUUACUGACGAAAUAAAACGCGAUCCCAGGAUAUCAGCCACCAGAAGGUGAACCGCAGAGCCAUCGAGAGGCAUGGAAACAUGCUGUUCAGUAUUCAGAGGAGGAAAACUCUCCGCUCGUUAUACAAAUAUAGAAGCUUCACAAUACAGCCACUAUCGAGUGUGUCGAAACACAGGCAUUUUGACUUUAAGUACUAAAUUUCAUUCCUAAUGAGGUAGUCACACUUAUCCCUGUGACAUUUCGACCGUCGGUUUCAACAAUGUCCACCCUGUACUCCACAGUAGGGUUGGUGAAGGGACGGGGCAGGCGCGUGAAUUAGUUUAAAGUGAUGUCAAACCUGGCCACCAUCGACCGAACCCCUCCCACCUUGGACUCUGUGUCAAGAGGACCAAAGGUGGGAGAGGGCACAGGUGACUGGCACGGCGUAAACCCGUACCCAGGUGUGCUGCCACACCCGCCAUGGGUCCCAUGGACUUGGAGUGCCAUGGAGGUCACAUAAAGAAGGAACCAUUGCAGCCUGACUCCCAGUCCACCAGUCGGACACUCAACCCGCAAACACACAGAUAGGGUUGGCUGCGACGUCCGAGUUAUCCCGCCACUUGGCAACCUUCCAAACCACGGUGUAUAAUAAAUUUAUUGUAAUUGCAUCUGUUCUAGGACAUGCACCUCUGUCAUUCUCGAAUUUAGGUGCGAAAAUCACGCUAAUUGACAAGGAUAUUUUUUUCAGAGGUAUUUUGGCAGAUUUCAAAUAAUCCACUUUGACCCAACUGUGAAAAACUCGGCGCCUCGGUGGAAUUCGAACCCACGCAGUAAGAAGAAGGCUUUAGUACAGCCAACGCUCUAACCCUCUGAGCUACGAGGACCUACCGGACGACGCGAGUUUAAUCACAUUUGGGUCAAGUUACCCGCCCAAUUUACUGCAGCGUCUGGAAUCAUCCAAAUCUGAUACAGUAAACUGAGUGCUCAAGCACGAUUUCCCAAAUAAUCCAACUAGAAUCCACCAGGUGACUACCAGACUCACAUUUGGAUAACUUGACCCAAGUGGGAUUAAACUUACGUCCUUCGGUGGGGCCUCGUAGUUCAGGUGGCUAGAGCAUUGGCUGUACCAAGGUGAGGUAAAUCACACUUGGGUCAAGCUACCCAAAUGUGAGGCUGAUAGUCAUCUGGUGGGUUCUAGGUGGAGUACUCAGGAAAUCGUGCUUGGGCAGUCAGAUUUGGUGGAUUCCAGACGGUGGGGCCUCGUAGCUCGGAUGGUUAGAGCGUUGGCUGUACUAAAGCCUCCCCUUGCCGUCGUGGGUUCGAAUCCCACGAGGCAUCGGCUUUUUCACAGUUUGGUCAUAGUGAAAGACAUUUUAGCCCGCUGUGAUUGGCAUAAGUGAGAGAAAAGAUGUUUAGCCAGAAGACAACACGCUAUCUGGGGAUGUUACUUACCAUUCAUCAGUAUAGCUUCACUUGCUAUUUCCCUUUGAGGACAGAAGUAAGCCACCGUUAAUACUUAAGUGCCUACGGGCACCAGAAAUAAAUGAGGGAUCGGAUGUGAUUUGGUAGCCUCACCUAAAGUAAACAAACCCCAGUCACCUCUAAUACGGAACAGGUGGUAGUUGGAAGGGAUUUUUACAGGUGGGACCGGGCAACGCACAGGCGACGAGGUCAAGUAGUUGUAUGCAAAAGAAAAGCUAUUGGGAAUGCGCGGUUGUACUUAGGAUGGGUGAGAAAUAGUUGUCCUAACCCCUAUCUCAAACGUCUAAUCCUCAGCCCUGACCCCUAACGCUUAACCCCAACCCCAACAGUAUUGCGUCCAUUAGGUGGGGCUACCAAACCACAUCUUAACAAAUGAGGCCUCCACUAUGUGUCGGAGUUCAACAAUUAUUAUCUUCAGGGGUGCUGCCGCACAUACGACAGUCUUUUCGUCAGGUGACCACAGUCACCCCCGUGUCGCAUUGCCAACUCUUAAUACACUCGUUGGCGUCGCAUAACUGUUAGUUGUUGCUAGGUAACUCCUUUGUGUGGAGGAAUAUAUGAUAGACACUUACCUUACCAAAGGUCCCAUUAAUUUUGCAGAGGGAUCCGAUAGUGGAUGAUCAUUUGUCUGCAAUAAGAGGCUGGUCUAUCUCAUGAAACUUUGACCGAAAUUCUGAAAUGUGUUUUCGAGUAGAAAAGAUCACCUAGAUGUGAUUGCAAUGCUUAUUGCCUAGCAGCAUAAUCCCAGGAUAUUUCAGUCACACCGGGACGCCGGCUUGUUAAUAUGUUUUUUACAACCGCCUACAGAAACCACAUUCGGAGAAAAUGACUACUUAUUUGUUGGGGAUUUUUCUCGCAGUUUUUCGAUGUCCUUGGAAAUGCAAAUGCAUUUUAUAGAGAACAGGCAUAAUUAUAUUUUCCCUUGUACUCAACUGAUAGUAAGUAGCGUCUUAACUAAAUUUGAUACUUAAAGAAGGUGUAUCCUUAGGUUGCUGUAUAAUUCUCAUGUAAGGAGAAUUAUGCCUCAUAUAUUAGACACAAAACUCUGAAAUGAAUGUAGACCGCGUUGCAUACUUCUUAGAUGCCAUUAAUAAACGGGGAUAUACGAUGCUUUAUAAUGUUACAAUUCACAGUCAUUAAACGUCUUAUAAUUUCUACCUCCCUUUACAGCGAAAGAUAGCCUUUCUCAAAGCCUAAAACCCGAAGAAGUUGUGCUUGCCUGUGGACACAAAAAUGAACAUUUUAUGUGUGAUUUCCAUCAAAGUUGCUUAGAUAUAUAAAGAUACUAAAAAUCAAUAGGAGAAAUUCAUAAUACUUUAGGAGUCGUUUUUACUGACCAGACGACCAGAGAGAAGCCCAUUCAAAGGCAAGAAUCCCGAUGUGACUGAAAUAUCGUUGGGUUAUGCUGUAAGAUGAUCAGUAUUGGAAAAGGGGGAUCCAAAGAAAUGUACUUUGUAUUUGACGAGACGAUUUGAAGACAAAAUAAUGUAUACUGCGUAAAUUUUCGAGACCGUUUCCCCAGCUCGUCAUCAGGCUUUCGAAUCAUGUACAAAAAUAGUUUACUAUUUGACGGUGCCGAACAAGUAAUUCCGGAAGCUCGCGCAAAUGUGCGUCAGAAUUGGCUGCGCUUGCCUUCAUUCGUACGCGGAAUCGAAUUCGAUAUGCCGAUUGAUGCAUGCCUCAUCUGAGCGUAUUGAUUCCAGGGCCUUUCCUUAUUGAGCAGGCGCAAACAACUCCACUUUAGUUGUUCUUCCUAAUCGAAAACACACCGCAGAAUUUCGGUUAAAAUUGCAUGAGUCAGGCCAGAUACUGUACAUGUAACGGAGACACAAGAUUAUUAGAAGCCAUUUGAACUUCAACUUCGACCGCCUCCUCACGCCAAAAGGGUAGUGAUUGCUGCAACAAUUGAGCUUCAUCUGUUCGCAAGAUGGGAUGAGAGGAAUCGGUUCAUGAGGACCUGGGGCACAGGGGGUGUCUCACACAAUUACUCCACAGACGGGUUGCAACCUUGAUAUUUCACUUACAGCGGAGGACGUUCGUAUCGAUUCUGCAUGUACAUACUAGGAGUAAUUCGGAGUGAAGAGUUUUCAGCAACAUGGGAACGACCAAAGCUAAAAUUGUUGAUGGGAUUUUGCCCACCAACAAUAUAUCGCUUACCUUGUCCAUAUUGUAUCGGCGCUAAACUUCACUCUACUAAGAUGAGCACAAACAACGUCCAGAGAAAGAACCAAGCAACAUCAGAAAGUGUGAGGUCACCUCAUCCAUUAACUUGAAUGUAUGCGACAUGUGAUUAUUUAGACUUCCCCACGACUGGACUUUUAUCCGAGAGUCGAAACAUAUAUUCCGGUUGAUUUAUCCCUCCUUAUUCCGAAACUGAAAAACAAGUGAAACAGGCAAAUAAAUAGUAUGCAACAUACAGUACGUGAUCCAUCUUCUGAAACCUGAGGACAAAAACUGAUGUGGCAAUUUUGGAUGUCUUAAACGUUGCGCAUUUCGCUUGUUCACCUAGCCUCUUCAGGUGAAUGUCCUCUUCUUGCGCCGACAAAGUGUGUCCACGCAAUCUACUCAAGCAAAAUGUUCGUAAAUUUGGGCUAAAAUGGACGUCGCGAAAUCCUAUGCUAAUACCUGUCCUAGACUUCGGUUGUGCAUCUGAGCGGAUUUUUCUUUGAGAGUAAUUUUCCCUUGACAGUUUUAAUAGGCAGAGUUUGACGGACUUAAAAUUCUGUUUUUGUCCGAUGAUAACCGUGGAGAUCAACUUGCUAAGACAAAGGUUAUUCUAGAGAAUCAGAUUUUUUUAUCGAUUUUUAGAAGUCAUAUUAGCAGAUCUAUGUGAUUUGGUGUCCUUAAGUACAAUAAUAACGCACACAGGCAAUCCUCCGUUUAAAUCGCCUGAAAUUGUUUCGCUAUUUGGAAAAUUCCACUUGCUGUCGCAAAAAUGACCACUACCGAGUAGUCAAUUUCAGUAAUUUUGUGCAGUCUAGCUUCUUCGCAUACCUAAUUCAGACAUGGAACGAACAAGACAUUAACGAUUUCAGCAAAAUACCAGUAAUUGAACAGAUUUCGAAUAAGUAAGUUUAGUUCAAUUGCAAAUAUAAACAUAUAUUACGUCUGUCAGGUAGGCAUCUAGGGAAUUCUAGAUGGAUUACUUAGGAAAUCCUGCUUGAGCAGUCAGCCUACUGUAUCAGAUUUGGUGGAUUCCAGAGAUUGCAAUAGGCUGGGCGGGUAACUUGACCCAAAUGCGACUGAAUUCGCGUCCUCCGGUGGGGCUUCGUAGCUCAGAUGGCUAAAGCGACGGCUGUACUAAAGCCUUUCAUCUGCUGUCGUGGGUUCGAAUCCAACCGAGGCGUCGAGUUCCUCACAGUUGGGUCAAUACGAAAUCGCUUUGUUGUUUAGAGAAUCCCAGUUUCUGUCAGGGAAAUCGAAUAGUCAUUUGUACUUUUGAACAUAUGAAACUACUUCUUGUGCAAUCAAGCUCCCGCGCAUACCUAAUUCACAAAUGGCACGAACAAAACAUGAGCAGUUUCAGCGAAUAUCGGUCUUUAUGUGGCUACUCUGCUGUGCAUUCAUAAUCGUAAAAGGGAGUUUAAUUGCGAACAAAAACAGUGGAAAUCGCCGCAAUACAUGGCGAAAGACAUGUUCGUACGUUUAUGAUUGAAAAAUAUUAGUAUUUUUAGAAACGUGAAAGAAAAGGCCAAAAGUUUCAAAUGUUUUCUUGAUCUUUCCGAACAAAAAUGCAAAUUACAGAGACAUCCGUCAACGCAGUGCAACAUUAAGGCACUCCUUAAAGAGGAAACCUAUCAGAGAAGGUUUUUAAUUGAUCUAAGACAUAUUGGUUGAAGACUUUCGUUGUGGACGUUUAUUAAAUUCGACGAUGAGAUUUCCUGUUUGAGUGAGUCUUCAAGUGUGACCAAAACGACCUUCUACAUGAAAAUGAACGUCCAGACACUUGCUACUUCGGUAAAUGUCUCCGAGAAAUAACUUUCUUCAAUGUCUUUAACAGAAACAUAAUACAGAAUCUGUUCUUAUGGGUUAUCAGAUGAGAACGCUGGAAAUCAUGAAGUAUUCAGCGAUAAUUCAAGGCCAAUCUGAAACUCAACGGCAUUCUGAACAAACAAAAAUUAUAAAUUAAUUUCACAAAAGAAAAUCCUCUUUAGAAACACAAAAUGGGGUGUUUACGAUUACGCCUGUCAGUUCUAUCUAAAUUUGUUAGGCAUCGAUCGACCCAGCAGCAUGUGAUCUUCUGAAAUCUUUUUUCCCUUUGUCGCCCUUAUAGGCUAACCCAAAUUAACUUCUAUUUAUCCUAUUGAAACACAGCUCAAUCAACUCAAAUCCGUAAAGGAUACCAGGAAUCCUCGGGAAAUUGUUUUGGAAUCAAUGCUCCGACAGUAGAGAGUUGGAAAGUCGCCAUAACUGAAAUUACACUAAUUCUUAAAGAAUAUUUAGGUGUACACUUCACUAAAACAUGAUUUCUGACUGCUACUCUAUUCGUGCUUUCAAAUUUUAUUCAGCAUUUUUGCAUGGAAAGGCAUUGUGUACAUCUAAAAACGAAGUUUACUAAGUUACAAUCACUUUUGACGUUUUCCAGAUUUGUCGCUUUUCUAAAAGAGUGUUAUUUCGAUGAAACACAACAUUGCCUUUAAUAUUUCAUCAGUGCCUUUAAUUUUCCUAAAUUUUUACUUUAUUAGCGUAGAUACUAGGUCCACGCGUUAGUGUCGGUUUGCGGGUGAGUGGCAAUCAUUCGUAAAUUUCGAAACCUUUCACGAGUUAGGUAACCUACCGUAUCCAAAGAUUUCGGUAAACUGAAUCAACUCUGUCUCCUUCAGCUUGGGUUUCGCAUUGGGUUUCGCAUUCCACUGCUCCUCGCUUCUCAUUUCACACUCAGCCAGUAUCAGUCAACCAGUCAGUCAGUGUAUUUUAAGUAAAUGGCAGAAGUCCCUAAAACUCCAUUUAAAGGGUAUAAGUGUGAAUCAAAAUAUUUAAAUUGCAAGAAUAUUACAUGUAGCUCUAGUGAACAGAAUGCUAACUAAGGUGAGGCAUUUGCGCAAUAACCGUAAAAAAUUGGUCACUGAAUUCGCACAGAGAAAAUUGCCAUUUGGAUCAAAUUUAAUGUACAAAAACGAUCUAUUGAAUUCAUGUUAGUAGUUUGUUGACAGUCAUUCGGUAGUCCACUAGAUGACGGUUGAGAAGCUUGGGCAGCAUGCAAGCCCUAAAAGCGGAUGCUACUCGCAUUUCAUCACCAAAAACGGGACGGAGAGCGCGCGCGUUGAUAUCCAAUGGCGUGCAGAGGUGCUGCAAUUUUCAUAAUUACCAUCUUUUGCACCCUGUGUAACUAUGGAGUCUUAAGCGUCAUGCAACCAAAACAAGGUCUGUAUAUGAGUUUACUGGGGUGGAGAAUAAGAUGAGACGAUGUGAGUUCCUCUUCUCCAAUAAAGCGUCCAAGGAUCAUCACGAGUUCAAGCACUUGACGCUGCCGUCGCACAGUAUGCAGUACUUCCUGUCCCUGAACAUGGCCUCUUGAAAACUCUGUGAGGCAUUCAAGCGAGACCUCUUCCCCACCGAAGUGCUGAUAGCAGCCGAAGAGAGGAAUUUUCUUCUCGGUUUUAUUCUCAACGUGUACAAAACAUUACUCGGGUGGCGCGUCUGCUACGUCUCAUAUAUCGACCACAAAACGUCUACGUCACUCACGUAGAUUGAAAGACACCACAAGAGUUCUAUGACGCCGUCCAAGAAAUCGCAAAAUGCUUCGGUGCCAACGUUGGUGUGGUUCCCCGAAAUGAUUGUGCCCGUGUCGUCUGGGGAGAAUACACGGCCCUGGAGCAGGGAUUUGUUGCGGCGAGAAUGCUUCUGUAAAUGGGUAAAUGGCGCCAGGAACACCAAGCCGUGGAUUGUAGACGAGCGUUCCGUAGAAAUCUUCAUCCGGAAACCUGUGGUAGGAAUAAUUUCUGAGCAUGUCUCGGAGGUUGAAUGCCCUCCCGCCAUUCAGCAUGAAUUCAAUGAAUUCCCCCGAAAGCACAACGUGAACUGAGUUUUUGGGCCAUGUAACCUGAAAGUAUAAGAAAGAGUCAAUAUUUUUUGAAGACAGUAGGUUCUUUGGAAAAGACAGGAAAUUUGUUUAGAAACUUUCGACGUCUGUUGACAGGGUGGUUGUCAGACUUGAGUAAAUGUACAAGUAACUGCCAACAUUUAAAACAUGCUUAAAGAUCAAUACUUCUCCUACAUUUCUGCUAGUAAUCGUCCGCAACAUAUACGAUUGCGCAUCAAUUGGUUGCUGUCUCUUCUAUGCUUCCCUGCGAUUUUCGUGCAUGGCAUCUAAUUCAAUAUGUCGACUCAUCUCAGUGUUCAAAGUCCGCGCAGCUGUAGGAUACCUUGGAAGACAGAGUAAGGAAGUUAAUUGGUUUUUAUACCAUCCACAGUCUGACGACGAGCUAGAGGAUCAACCUCGAAAUUUGACACAAUGAAUGUCGUAGUUUCCCGAAGUAGUUCCUAUUCCUGACUAUUUACUUUUGUACAGUAGGUGAAAGGUGACGAAACUUACGAAUGAUUGAUAAUCACUUGCAAACCGACGGCGAUGAAUGAAGCUAAUACCUGUAUUAAUGAAGAACAACUUUAAGGGAUUUGAAACUAUGAAAUAAAUACUAAAGGUUGUGUAGAAAUAUCAGUUUUUUCAGAAAAUCCGAAAAUUCCGAGAAUGUGAGCUUUCAAUAUACAGAAUACCUGUCCGUGAAAAACGCCGAGUAAAUAUGACCGCAAAAAGAAUAACGUCUAGAAAUACGGUCAGUAAAUUCUUGUCUAUUUAUUUGAUUUGAGGCACGGAAAGCCUUUUGCCAGAGAAGAAUUUAUUUUGCACCUGUUUAAUGGAACGGAAACAGGCCAGGAUUAGACAGAGUCGGACGUCUCCUCAUAUCCAAGUAGUUUCCCACGUUGUUUAGUGCCACCUGUCAAACUUUUUAAUUUUUUCCACGUUGUGUCAUAAGGGAAAAUUAAUAUAAGCAAGAAAAUUGUCAACUGAAUCUCAUCAAGGGACGAAAAGUGAGAUGUUAGGUUCAUGAUAUCGCACUAUUUUCAAAGAAUUUUGGAUGGAGUAACCGCCAGAAAUUCUAUUUUGCGAAUUGGGGACUGUUUUGCAAUGAAAUGCAAUGAUAAACUUGGUUACUAGUAGGUUGUUUUACCACGCUGAGAAUUUGUAGUGGUAGACAGAUUUGUACUGAGUCCCGCGACAUGCUGCCACUAUUUUGUGUCACGCUGUGUGAUGGAGAUGCCAAGGCACUUCCUUCACGUUGACCCAACUGUGAAAAGCUCGGUGUCUCGGUGAGAUUCGAACCCACUACAGCAAUGGGAGACUUCAGUACAGCCAGCGCUCUAACCAUCUGAGCUACGAGAUCCCACCGGAUGACGCGAUUUUAAUCACAUUCGGGUCACCUUUACCCGCCCAACUUACUGCAGCGUCUGGAAUCCACCUCUGAAGGCACUUCCUGCCGAUUUUGAACGCAUACGGGAAUUGACAGCCGAAAGACUGCCACGGGAGUCGUUAGUUAAUAUUUUUUUAUAUCUAGCAGGUCAAUCUCUGGAGAAUUACUAAUAACGGAACAAUGCCUAGGAAAAAGCAGGGCAGACUAAAACGGUCCACAAGUAAGCAAGACGGCGACUUUGUUUUUUGUACACUUAAAAGUACCAUUAUAUGCUUCUAAAGACUAUUCACAGGGAAUAUCUGUCAAUGUUUUUUCGCGCAAUAUUAGAGAAACGAUGAGGGAAUCCGCCAUGACAAAGCCACCUUUAAGCAGCAAACUUAUUCAGAACUGUUGUCUGAGUGCUCAAAAAUAUCUCGAUCACAGCCCUUCGAUCUGGAAAUGCAUUAACAUUUGUAAUGAGGUUCCAUAUUUAGACAGGUCUCCGAGAUAGGCUCAAGUGGCCACUUGUAGGCAGAGCUUUCCAUGAAAACACACUAUAUCGAAACUCGCGCUGUUGUGAUUUUGGGACUAAAUAUGGAGCCCCGCCGGCAGUCGCAUAUCGACCAGUACAAUAUUCGUCAACAAAACAGGGCAGGUUGGAAUGACCAGCGGUGCUAAUGUGUCCUGUAACCGACAGUUGGACGUCCAUCUACAAAUAAUAAUAAUAUCCACAAUCAAUGCCGAUAAGACAACCAUUCUGUGAUUCGGUGGUUAGGGCAUUGCAUUUCUAGUCAAAUGACCGGGUGUUUGAACCUGACGGGGUUGCGCGCUCCGUAGUUGGACUUGACAGGCUGAGGACGGCUAAUAAGUCAGAAGUGGCUAUUCCAGUCUCAAUGGCGGCAAUUCUAUCCUGCCUCUACCACUCGUUGCAUCCACUUCAAAAGAUAUGUCUUUCAAUUUCAGCCAAGCAAAGCAACGUUAUUCCCCAGUGAUUAACAAGGUGACACCGAUUUACUCAAAACUGCCAGACAGCGUCACUUGCAACGGCAGACUGCCCUGUAGGCAGGCAAAACAAGUCGAUCCUGUGUACAAAUAUGUACUUUGUUUAGGCCGUGCAGUUAUUGCAACCGAACAUCAAAGAAUCUGCUGAAUGACCAACGGUGCUAGUGUGUCCAUUUACCAAUAACAAUAUUCACAAUCAAUACUGCGAAGGCAACGAGCCCGUGACGCGGUGUUUAGGGCGUUGGAUUUCUAGCCAACUGAUCGGGUGUUUGAUCCUGGCUGGGUUGCGAGCUCCGUAGUUGGACUUGACUGGCUGAGGACGGCUAAUAAGCCAGAAGUGGCUAUCCCAGUCUCAAUGACGGCAAUUCUAUCCUGCCUCUACUACUUGUUGCAUCCACUGCAAAAGAUAUUGUCUUUCAAUUUCAGCCAAGCAAAGCAACGUUAUUCCCCUGUUAUUAGUACUAAAUCAGGCGCAUCCAUGCAGCAUGUUUACCUCAGGACUGUAACUGAAUGUUUCCGACCCUUCUCUGACGUUCUCCCAAGUAAAAGGCUCAAUUACAGUGCUCGAUGAGGCGUCUCUCGUAAGGAAAUGAAGUCUGGGCAUUGGACAGGGUUGGAAUGCUUCGCAUUCCAUAGGCUAGUAUAUCCGGUGUAACAGAAAACGUCGAGGUGUGCUUGGAGGAUACGUAGAGCUUGAUUUGUAGGAGAUGGAAUCCUGUUUGAAUUAUGGAAGGGAAAAUAAAAGGAAAAGUUUAUCAACUCCUUCACUGAUCGUAGAAGGCGGUGCUCAUAAAGAGGCUCAGGAGCAUCUAAGAGAAUGACUGGAAAACUGUGAAACUGACAACGAUAGCAGCAACAUCCUCACAUGUAUUUGUUGGUUUCGAUCACUGUGUGAAGCCGGGUGGAAACGUCCCAAUGAUUAACGAGAUGACGCCGAUUUAUUAAAAACUGCCAGACAGCGUCACUUGCAACGGCAGAAUCCCCCGUAGGCAGGCAAAACAAGUCGAUCCUGUGUACAAAUAUGUACUUUGUUUAGGCCGUGCAGUUAUUGCAACCGAACAUCAAAGAAUCUGCUGAACAUUAACACUGUGGUAGACAAGAGGGUCCAGAGUGUGGCCAAUCACUCAUCCAGUCUGAUAUCAGCCUGCAUUGCAAAGAUACAAAAAACGGUUGGGCUGAUUUUCUCCGUGAGCGUUCUUACUGACACCCACCGUUAAGCACUCUGUCAGGUCUCUUUGUUUAUCUCUGUCUGAGAGUGUUGAUGAGCUUCGUAAUCCUUUGUCCGUCACCCUAUAGGCUGCGGGAAAGCGUUCCCCGUUUCUUCUUUCAUGCCGUUGGCUAUGUCACGUUCAAUCCCUUUACUCUUAUUUUAUCCUAUUACUUCGGUAAGCGGCCUUAUGCCACUAAUGUUGAGACCUGCAGUUUCUGUUUACGCCUCAUCCUCCUACUUCCCACUGACUUCCUUGCCAGAUGCCGUCCUGUAUAGGCAAGGGGACUUCUACGCGGAUUAAAGCCAUGCCAUCCUACGUUCAGAUUCUUCACUGUUGCCCACUGUGUAUGAAUAUCAGGAAGCCUCUCCAUACAGACUUCGAAGGGUCCAUAGGCACACUACGCGGCACAUGACUUGCUAACCAUGUGAAAAUCUGAAAUUGGGCAGUGUGUUUGAGAAUAUGCAACAUGCCGAUUUAGGUAGUCUGUAUUUUUGCACUUAAAUAAUGCGUUAAGCAGCAGCUUAUCUACAAACGUUUAUCUUCUUUUUCGAUUAAAGUUAAGCGUAAGUUUGAACAAAAGGCAGUAUUUGGUUCUGUCUUCAGCUUCAAAGUGAAAGUCACCAAUAAAGCUGACAAACAUUUACGUCUUUCUAUAUCCGCCUGGUCUGGCAAACUAGACGGCUAUUACAUCUUAGCCCCUCCUUCUAGACAGAUAUAGUAGGCUACAUUUGGGACUGGGGUCUGACUUACUGAUUUAAGAUUAAACGGACCAGCUUCGGCCAUUAACGACGCGCUGUCCUACAAUACGUCUUGCCAUUUGUCUAAACACCUGAACAGUCUGAGUUCAGGCUGAACGCACAAUGAGGACUCACCUGUUUUCGUUCGGCUUUCUUAAAGCCGGACUAACCAAAGACCGCAACGCUGAUUUUUAAACCUUACUUCAUUCGCUUUCUGCAACACCGUACAAACCUGCUUUCGCCCGUCAUUAGCCAUAACAGCGCUAUUUCCUGCAGUACCUUGCGGUGUCUGCAUCACAGCAAUUCCCCAUUCCGUCUACCUACUGACUGUGAUUUAGAACAGCCAGAGUAAGAACAUUAUUAUCCAGGCAACAAUCUGCAGCGCUUAGACAGCACGUUACAGGUGCUAUCAGGUCUGCUAGAGGAGGCGUCAAAGUGAAUGAUUUGGUUGAAGACACCAUGAAAUAAGCUGACUUACAGGUCCCACCACCUACUGCAAGUGGCGGUCUAAGUCUCGGUAUCCGGUGUUUAUUGCAGUGUUUAAAUGUGGUGUCAAUGAUGCUGGAGCCAUCAAUUCCAAGAACCAAUUCCAAGUUUGUCUUCAGAGGCAAUUGCUGGCCAGUCAGAUAUAUGAAGUACCGCCAUUUUCCCAUUUGAAGGAGCAUUCGCGCGGCAACGAGUUCCUGCUCUAGAACCGUGUAAUCUCCCCAGAUGGCCCUGACAUUUUCAGUUCGAGGAACUACACGAACGUUGGCACCGAAGCAUUUUGCGAUUUCUUGGACUGCGUCAUAGAACUCCUGUAGUGUCUUUCUAUCCACGUGAGUGGCGUACACGUUUUGUGGCCGAUAUAUGAGACGUAGCAGACGCGCCACCUGAUUGAUGCUUUUGUACACAGCAAGGAUAAAACCGAGAGGAAAAUCCCUCUCUUCUUAUGAUGCCGCAUAAAUCUAUAACGAUCCAGUUACCUCAGGUUGUCGGCUUUCGAAAGAACUUAUUUUCGGCCGCAUGCAACAUCUAUACUCUGCAGAAAAUGACUACUUAAGUGACAUACAAUUUUCUCAUUGAUUUUCGAUGCCCUUGAAAAUUCAAUUAUAUUUCAUGGAAAACGUGCAUGAAAAUAUUCAUUUUUUUACUUAUUCGGUAGAAAAUCGCGUCGUCUUCCAAUUUCAUACUCAAAAGAAGAGUAUAAUUAGGUUUUAAAAAGUUUCUAAUUGUGAGAUUUUUUAAUACCGUUAAAUGGCCGUUCAUGAAACGUCAUGUAUCUGCAUUUACGAAUGUGGCUUGUAAAGUUAACAAUAUUGCUCAAAUCCACUGCUGAAUUUUAUGAACCUCAUAUGGCCUCCUCCUAACACCGUAGAGAAAUGCAUGAUUUUCCGUAUACGGAAAAUCUACAGCUUGUAGGUUUGAAACCCUGAAUGCAAAUGUAACAGCAGGUCGGGUUCAGAAUUAUUCGGGAAUUAGAAAAGUUUUUUAAAACCGAAUUUUACUCUUCUUUUGAGUAGGAAAUUGGAAGAAAACGUGAUUUCUUAUCAAAUAAGUAAAAAAUAAAUAUUUUUAUGCAUGGUUUCCGUGAAAUAUAAUUGAAUUUUCAAGGGCAUCGAAAAUCAAUGAGAAAAUUGCAUGCCACAUAAGUAGUCAUUUUCUGCAGAGUAUAAAUCUUGCAUGCAGCCCAAAAUAGGUUCUUUCGAAAGCCGACACCCUGAGGUAACUGGAUCAUUAUAGAUUUAUGCUGCAUCAUGAUCAGUUUUACAACACUACAUAAUUUAUCUUUUCAAAACGAGAACGCAUUUCGAAAUUUUGGUUGACAUUUCAUCAGUUAGCACAGCUACUGUAUAUAUGCAGAAUGGCAUUAGCGACAAAGACAAGGGAGACUGGAAUGGUCAUUUCUGGCUUAUAAGCCGUCGUCAGCCAGCCAUACUCAAGCCCGAAGUGUGGAACACCCGAGCCUCGAACUAGCGACCUGUUGAUUUAGAAGUCCACGCCUCUAUCCACCGGGCCACGAGCCUGUUGACCUGUCGGUUUUCGAUCGGGAAUAUACAAUGGUAGGGGGCGCUCACCGAUCGUUCAUACGGAACCCACUCGUUCCGUUGUGCCUUAAGGACUCUCUCUCGUGCCCAACCAGCAGCCCACACAGCGGCGCAUGGCAUUAUCUCCCCCACACUUUUCAUUUUCGUCUGACGACCGGUUCGUUUAACCGACUUGAAAAUUCACGAGUCUUCCUCGAUUGUCCGACGAGCCUUCUCCUUAUAGAGCAGAAUUUAAGUCCGGAUGAAGGGAACAUUUGCCAAGCAAAUUACCAAAGCACUGCUAGUGCACGCAGACUAUGUCUUUUGCGCAACUUCAUUUGGACCUCGUCGUGGAUAAGACUUGGCUGGAGAGUACAAGGCUGUCAGAGUUAAUGAGAAAGCGUCUCUUGCACAGAAAACGCAUGGAAUGUUUUCCGUUCAGGAGCAUAUUCUGAUUGGCCCUUGUGACGAUGAGCUUUUACUUUUUCUUCCAGCAAAAGCCGUCGUCGAAAAAUACCUGCUUCUGAGACCACCCUGCAUCUGUUACAGUUCUUAAUACCUGUGAGUCAGUUGCAUCCAAUCCCACCAUUAGCUGACUGACCGAGGUGAAUAGCAUGGAAUAGGGACGAAUGAGUGAGACCAACUCCGGUUAUCCCGCCUCCAUGGCAUUCCAGCGCAUUCCUCACCAUAAAUAAGUCCGACGCGCUUUUAGACUAUCACAGGAAAGUGAAGUUCGUAACAGGGAAUGCUGCCGACUGACGGGGUAACUCGGUUCUUCUCUCCGGACAGACAGUCAGGCUACAAUGACUCCUUCUUAAAGUGUCCUUUAUGAUACUAUGACCCAGCUGGGAUCCGAGCUACCCCAUGCCCUUGUUAUGGGAAGUCCCGGUUCUUUGUGCACAAGCAAAGAGGCGGGGUGGCACGCCUAGGCGCGAGCUCACGCCGCACCUGUCGGCGGAACACGAUCCCGCCCCUAGUCCUGCUGAAUCCGCCUCUCAACCGGACCCAUGUUAUUCUAUGAAAACCUGCUCGUCAUGUGCGGCCUACGUGCUGUGCAACAAGUUGAGAGGGGCUGCUUCGUUUUGGCAUUCAUUGCGCCCAUUCACACCCACGGCCGUCUUGACUCUGUCUUGCGACCAGACACAGGAGGGUGACGGGUGAGAGAGUGCGUCAGAUGCUGUGGAAGUCCGAUAUCACUAGAAGCUUAUUCGCUCACACUUUCCCGCCUUGUACGCACCUCGCUGUGGAGCACAAUUUGGACAUCGUUAUUUGCGAUGGUCGAGCUGAUAAUAUGGUUAUCUGUGUAAAUUAGGCAGAUUUAAUGUCCAUAAAAAUCCAGGAACCGCAUUUACUAACUGAGCUCGACACGAAGCCGCAGCACUUUCUUCUGUCCUUUCUGCACUAAUGUGCGUCCGUUUUUCAGUGAUUUCAUAUUAAUAUGUCUGUUUGUGUGGGGUCAACAGGAUUCUUGAUCUUGACGUGUUUCACAUCGGUCUCGCGUCGUCUCCCAUGAGUGUCGUGCGCGUAGACCGCCUACUCCGCAACUGAACCUUCAGUCAGUAUCAGUCAGUAUAUUUGGAGUAAACGACAGAAGACCUGAAAACUCCAUUUAGAGGGUGCAGAUGUAAGGGAAAAUAGUUAAAUUGGAAAACUUUUGCUUGCAGUUUUAGUAAGGAGAAUUCAUAAAUCUAAUAAUGGAACAUAAAUGCGAAAGUGGUAUGGUAUUGCGAAAAACUUUGUUCACCGCACUCGGACUGUAAAAAUUUCCAAAUGGGCCGAGUAUGACGCACAAAAAGCAUCUGUUGAAAUCAUGUCAGUAGUAUAUUUAUAGUCUUUUCAGUAAUUCGUUAGAUCAGGCUUCGGCAGUUCGGGUUGUCUUUCAGCAGGUGAGUAUCCAGUUGCCUCUUGAACACGCUCACAACAACAACGCUCCAAACUAGUAAAAGACUUGUCGACCACCAUCCAGUAUUUAGGCAAAAUUACGUUGUUAAAGCCUUCCACGAUCAUAGUGAGUGUAACUGGAGCUAGCGCUGUGACCUUCAUACUCUUGGAGAAAUGAAAUCUGCUCCGAUUAUUCAAUUACCGUCAAGCAAAUAAACGAUCGGUAUUUGCGAUAUACCAUCGAGCGGGAUGCAGCUGGCUAGUUCCAUACUGCACGGAAUUCUGCUCUGUGUUUAUUUGACAAAUUACAACAUGUACCAAGCUGGGAUUUUGUGUGUUCAACCCAAAUGGCCCUAUUUUCACCAUGACUGUGACGUGACUUACAGAGUUCAGUUAGCCCAACUACUGUAGUUAGCAAUUUUGCAAUAAGAGUCAGAUCCGCUUUUAACCACCUGCCCUGACUGUCUCCGAAGAGCAUACAUAUAAAAAAAGAAAAUGUGUCGAGCUCCUAAGAGGACAUUAACAAAUCGUGAUCUGGUCUUUUUCGUCUCCUUAACCAUUUCUAGGCCGGCGUGAAAACGCACGUGCUCGGCCAUGACCAAGUGCGAGCUAAUCGAUCGCUUCAAGUUUUCCAUCGAUAAUUUGUCCCGCGGAAUAUCCAGCGGCUCUCACUUGCACUAGCUUAAGCCAUGGACGCGCUUCGUCGAAUCUUCGGCCAACUGCUUCUGCGACCUACCAGUAGAACUUCGUUUUCUAACGUACAACAGACACUACCGUGUAAGUAUGCCUGUGCAUUACUUUAAGUCUUGUCUUUCUAAAGGCUUAAUUUGCUUGAAUCCUCUCUUUAUACUUUCUGAAUCAUCUAAGUGUAAGUGAACACCGCCAAAUUUGGUCAAAGUUUUUUCCUCAAAGCAAAUUUGCUAAUGUAGGAUUACUACUGCUCAGGUCGCAUCAGUCAGUCGUGAAUUUGAGAUGAAAGAAUGCUUAAGCCUAAAAACUGGUCAAUUGGAAGUAAAAACAGCAAAUAAGAUUGCCGCCACCAAACAGAGUCCGUCUUUCCAUAUUUUCAACAGCAUUAAAUAAUCCAGUGCUCUAGAGUCAGAGGCUGGGUGGAGCCCGUACAACAGUUUAUAAAAAUCUCACUAUUAAGUCAAUCAGAAGCUUAGAACUAUACGUUUCAUACACCCACACGUGGGUGUACUUCAAGGUGGAUGAGCAGAAAUCCAGGUGCUUGAAAAUCGAUCUCAGCGCAGGCGCAGUAAUCCUGGUUAUGCGGCAGCGAGAAAAUUUCCAUUAGUGGUAUACUGAAAAAGCUAACGCAGGCCGGUGCAGUUGCUGUUACAGACUUUUCAAUGUGCGGUUAAUCCAUACUGAUUUUUGUCUGCUAUCUUCUCCCAAAGGCUUAACAGUCCUUGCCGUUUACAAGUCUCCUUUUUCAUAAAGCGAGCUCAACCCACUGCCAUUAUUACUUUCCACUGAAGACCCUACUUUAUUUCUGUUUCAGAUAUUCCCUACAGUAGAUUCGCCUAUAUGUAUGAAAUACAUCAGGAUCUUGAGCAAACCCAUCCCAUUCCCUCCUUAAGGAAUAUACCGAGUAGCGCUUUUUUCAGAAUUCAUCAGGGUAAGUGAAUGUUCAAAUUCCAUUUUCGUCGAAUGACCCUUGCAUUACCCGAUCCUUUCCUUAACGGUACACGUUGCUUCCCUAAAGAUUAGCAAGUUAAAAAAGGAACGAAUUUCAUUAUGCAGCGAUGAUUUUACAGGCACUUCUAGUAACAAGUCAAUACGGAUACAACUGUCCGAAUACUAACCUAGGAAAAUAUCUUUAGGUCUAUGACUAUCACUAGCCUCGAGGAGAAAUGAGUUAAAAUAUUUUCCGACGUGGCCUGUUUCCGAUGCAGGAUGUCGGAGACAAAAGCUCUAAGGAAUAUUGCCCAGGUUCCUUUAGGACAACAUCACUGUUGCUAGGCCGUUGGCUGAUAGUAAUAGCACGUUUAGGGUUCAACCAGAAAAGUAUUGCAAAUGGAGGGUGCUAGAAGAGACUGGAAGCGCUCAAACGAACAGCAAGGCAGUUUGUGUCAAAUAAUUCAGGGAUUUAGCGACAAGGAAAACUCGUCGUUAAAAUUUAUAAGCGAUCGGUGCCGAAGUCGGCAGAAGUGAAAUAUCGUAAGAGGAGACGGUGAAACCGGUGUACGCAAGAUGAAACACUCCAUAGAAUAGAACAAUCAAACAUAACCAUUGUGUUGGUCUCAUCCGUGAGAGAUACACGAGAGGCCACAAUGUAGCCGUUUCGAUGCCCGAAGGGGGCAUAAAACGCAUAAUUGAACGCAUAUUUAGUUUAUUUAAACGACGCAAAAGUGAGAAGGCUCAUUCCAGCUACUCUUUCACUAGUUGACACCCGCUAUGCUUUAGGUGAAAAUCAUUUAAAAUUCGUUAUUUACUCAUUAAAAACUGCUUAAAGUGCUUGGAUUCGCACGCAGCAGAAAGUACAGGAAAUCUGAAUGCGUCUCCUAUCUCCUUCCAGGUGUAAGCAACUACGUUAAGCAUACCUUCAACGUUGUCCAUUUCGCCCCAGUCAACCAUCUCAGCAUCUCCAAAGACCCACAAUACGAAAAGGUUACGCGACUUUCGUCAGUCACGCCCGCCAUCGAGGGACGGGAUUUGGUUAAGGAGCAAAUCGGUAAGGCCUACAAGUUCAUCAAGGAUACAGUGCUUUACUUGUUACAUCUACCGUUGCCCAACGUCUAUUUAUACCUCUUACCAGAGCACAGAAAUGUGAGGAAGGUUAUUGCUGCCAAUACCUUUAUAGUCGCUCCGACUGCGGCCUCUGUGCGGCAGUACCGGUAAGUUCAAUGAUUACUCAUUGUCUGUCUCCUUAGUCGCUCUGACAGGAACAGAGCAAGAACGACAGGCUUCUCAGAAAAUCCCACAGGAAGCAGUCAUAGAAGGGACCAAACCUUCUCACUGCCUGUUGUAUCUCCACGCACUCCUGCGGACGAAGACGUGUGGUGUAAUAACCAUGCUACGGCAGGUAGUGGAUGUUUGAAAUAUACGCAAAUAUGAGCUUGCUGUGAGAUAUUGAUACUCAGCCCGCAUAACUUCAGCUUUCAUUCACAUCUGCCUGACAAUUCAAAUAAGUACUUGUGUACAUUGCACUUAUCCUAGGCCAAGGCUGCACGAGUGGAUAUUUUGCGCAAACCUAGAAAAUGAUCAAUCACUUCAAGACGUUUACCUUGUUGGAGCGUUAGUGCAGUUUGACGUAGAUGUCGUACGUUUGCCUGAGGAAAUGACACGAGAAAUUCUAUGCUGUCUAUUUAGGUGAGCUCGUAAUGAGUGGUGGUGUAGGUUACGCAGUCCGACUACGAGUUACACAUGCCCGAUCCAUGUCUCAGGCACGAUUUGUCAGAGGUCUCCCAUCUCAAGUAGAGGAGCAUGCUAUUGAGGUCAGUGGCAUGGUUUUUGCGAAGACCAACCAGUUGUGUGAAGUUGUAUGUGUGUGCGUGUGUGUGUCCCCUAAACGGGCAACGUUGGAGAUGCGCUGGAUGAACACAGGGCCAUUUCGGAUUCUGGCAGAGGUCAUCGGAUCGCGCAAAUGUCAACUUUUCGGGUCGCGGUGGCAGACCCGGUUGCUUGGAGACGCUGCGCACACUGGGACCCCUGCCUCUUCCCGUCCCCUUUGUUGUUGCUGUUGGUCAAAAACCUGGUCAUUUGCAGUAUGGACCAGGGGGUGUGGAGGGGAACGCUGAGGUGCUGGCUCGAUCAUGCCAUUCACCUGCACACUAACCGCCUUCGGUCUUCCUGACUCGUGACACCCGGUCCAGGUGGGGAGUGGGAAGAGAGAGUGCGGUUGAUGCUGUGCACGUCUAUAUUCACAAUAAACUAAAUCAUGCACAAGCCAUCCUCCCUGCCCUGACCUUGUUGUGGGGCACACGGUGGACACAGUCCAGAUCGACAGUCGGAAUGCAGUGUCAUGUAUGUUACUGCCUGGCAUGAAUAUGCAAGUAGUACCUGCGUAUGUCUGCCAUAACUGCCCUUGUAGGAAAGGAAGACGAGGUCGUGUUGGGGACUGCCGAAACCGAUUCGCCUUAUGCAGCCAUUUUCGAGGAUGUGGAUUUGGUGAAGUCUGGCAUUAACUUCAGGGUCUUGGUGGACCAAUGGAAUAAAAAUGGACUCAUGGGUGAGUAUUGUUUCCAUCCUGUUCUACUGACUGUAAUUGAUAGAUAACCUGUGAUUUAAUGGGCACAGAUUGAUGCAACCGCAGGAUGGUCCUAAAAUAGACACACCGCCUCAGGAGGUGGUGAGUUAGAAUGUCCUUGUUCGAGAGGGAUCUGGAUAAUUUUCCCUUGAGACUAUUGUAAUUUAUAUUCCCUUUAAGUACUCUUUCAAAAAUAACUGCCAAUGUGUUUACUUCGAUUUGCUCAAGAGCUAAGGACUAACACAUGCAAAAACAGCGUAAACAAACUUGGCAUGUCCUUCUGUCAUUCAACUGCAAUCCAGUUAGCCAGUUCUGCAUGACUAGAAUCACUGGGUGGGGGGAAUCUUGUAGGAAUGGAUUUUUAGCAUCACUGAGGGAAGAGAUCACACAUGCGGGACAAUGUUUUGCAUUUAGAAACUGAUAUUGACGCCGUCUCAAAUCGAGUCCCCACAGGCCUCGGGACGACGCCCACACCCACCUCAUCCAUGUCCUUUUCCUUGUCCGACUCCUCGAGGACGGAAGCGGAAACAUCGGAUAUACAAACACCUGCAGGUAUCCUUUCUCAUCCCUUCUCAUUUGACUUAUUUCCAUCAGGAAUUCAAAAUAUCACGGUGGGUGUUCUGAGUAGAUUCUAAUUCUUUCUCGAUUUAUCAAGCUGUCGGCACCAAAGUCAACGUAAAUGAUGAGAAAAGCGAAAUAAUGUCCCAAGGGGCUGCCAAUUCUACUUUUAGCUAGGCGAAGCAUUCAAUCGAAUAGAAUUGUAAGAUACCUAACUGUGAUAGUUUGGCCAUGACUUAUGAAGGACACUAGGCCAUACCUACUCAAAAAGUGCGAGAUGUGUCCCGAUUUGGUCUUGAUUGGAUGACAGGCAUGAAAAUGUGCGCAUUGGUACAUGACUAAGACAUGAUCGAAUCACCGUGUAAUCACCUGAGUCUCCAGUAUUGUUCUGAAUGAGUAUAUGCACGGAUGAUUUCAUGGCCUCUGUUGAUGCUGUGUAGCCUAGUUGGAACUUGGGUUACAUCUUCUCCAUUAGUAGGUGCUUUUGAAUAUUAAAAUUAGUCGGCUAAUCAUCUACUGGUAAGAGCAUCGGAUGCCUCGAUCAGAGUCUGGUUGCUCAUUUGGUUAGGUCGUACUGAUGCCUUGCUCAUGCUUUAGCGGAUGUGAAUCCCACAGAGAUGCCGAUUCUUUCACCAAGAGUGAUCACGGGGCGGGGGUGAGGUGGGGUGUUGGGGUGGGGGGGGGAUAGAUCACACAUGCUGGACGGUGUUUUGCAAUUAGAGAUUGACAUUGAUGCUGCUCCAAUUUCAGUUUACACACACCUCCAUUCCACACCCACCCCGACGUCUUCUGUGUCUAUUUCCAUGGGCGAGGCCUCGACGACGGAAGCAGGAACCUCAGAAAUUCACGCAGCUGCUUGUAUUCUUUCUCAUCCCGUCCCAUCUGACUCAUUUAUAUUGGGUAUUCAGGGGAUUCAAGUGGGCAAUUUGGGUGGAUUGUUAUUAGCACGUGAGUUCCGACUCUGAAUGUAAAGUGGGAUGUGCUAUCUCAUAAAAUACUUGCCAAUCUUCCGAAAUAAGCUGCAUACUGCAAGGCAUCCGAAGGGGACGGUAUUCCCGGUGAAAUCUACAAGUCGUUUGUUGACACUCUUGCGCCCUGUCUAUAUGGAGUGAUUGAACAGGAGUGGAGAAAUGAAGUUGCUCCUUAUGACUGGGACUCAGGCAUGCUUAUGCCUAUCCUCAAGAAGGGAACGAAGACAGGAAGCGAGAACUACCGCAGCAUAAGCCUCAUCGAUGUUGCUGCGAGGCUCCUCGUUAUUGUCCUUCUUAUGCGACUGAAGGCUGUGCGUGGCUCCAGCAGAAUGUCCAAGCAAGCCGGAUUUUGUGCUGGACGUGGAUGCGCAGACCAUAUAUUUACACUGAGUUGCGCUCCCGAAUUUUAGCAAAACUACCAGCAACCGAGGGUUGUCUGAUUUUCUGACUUUGUUGGAAGCCGGCGAAGCUGAUUCGCCUUAUGCAGCUAUUCUGGAGAAUGUCGAUUUUGUAAGGUCCGGAAUUAACUUCAGGGCCUUGGUGGACCAGUGGAAUAAAAAUGGAUUCAUGGGUGAGUAUUGUUUCUAUCGGGUUCUACUGACUGUAAUUGGUAGGUAACCUGUGAUUUAAUGGGCACAGAUUGAAGCAGCCGCAGAAUGGUCCAAAAAUAGACACACUGACUCAGGAGGUGGCGAGUUAGAGAGCCUUUACGGGCAAACAACUUGGAUAUUUUUAAUGAAGCUUUUAUCAUCAACAUUCAUGGUCUUUAAAUGCUACUGCUCAAAUAACAGCCAACGGGUGGAGUUUGAUUUACUCAAGAGCUAAGAACUGACACAUGUAACAACAACGUAAGGAAACCGGGCCUGUCCUUCUGUCAUUCAACUGCAAUCCAGUUAACCAGCUCUGCAUGGCUAGAAACACUGGUUGGUGGGGGGGAGUCCUGAAGGAAUGGCAUUUUAACAACACUGAGGGAAGAGAUCACACAUGCGGGACAAUGUUUUGCAUUUAGAAACUGAUAUUGACGCCGUCUCAAAUCGAGUCCCCACAGGCCUCGGGACGACGCCCACACCCACCUCAUCCAUGUCCUUUUCCUUGUCCGACUCCUCGAGGACGGAAGCGGAAACAUCGGAUAUACAAACACCUGCAGGUAUCCUUUCUCAUCCCUUCUCAUUUGACUUAUUUCCAUCAGGAAUUCAAAAUAUCACGGUGGGUGUUCUGAGUAGAUUCUAAUUCUUUCUCGAUUUAUCAAGCUGUCGGCACCAAAGUCAACGUAAAUGAUGAGAAAAGCGAAAUAAUGUCCCAAGGGGCUGCCAAUUCUACUUUUAGCUAGGCGAAGCAUUCAAUCGAAUAGAAUUGUAAGAUACCUAACUGUGAUAGUUUGGCCAUGACUUAUGAAGGACACUAGGCCAUACCUUCAGUGCGUGACCUAUCUCAUGAAAUGUUGGCUGAAAUUCUGAAAUGCGUUUUCGAUUAGGAAGGAUUACUUGGUCGCGGUUGUGAUACUGAUUAUCUUAAGGUAUACAAGAAAAUUGACUUAAAUGAUGACAAAAGCGAAAUAAUAUCCGAAGGGGCUGCCAAUUCUACUUUUAUGCAGGCGAAGUAUUCCAUCGAAUGGAACAAUAAGGUACCUUCCUGUGAUUGGUUGGCCAUGAACUAUGAAGGACACUAGGCCAUGUCUGCUGAAAUCGUGAGAGAUGUGUCCCGAUUUGGUCUUUAUUGGAUGACAGGCAUGAAAAUGUGCGCUUCUACAAAUGACAGAGACUGAAUAAAGUCACCGUGCGAUCACCUGAGCCAUCAGCAUUGUUCUGACUUAGUAUAUGGCGCGGAUGACGCUAUGGCCUCUGUUGGAUAGGUCGUCAGUUGUGCCGAGGCCUUGCGCAUGCAUUAGCGGAUGUGAAUCUCACAGAGGUGUCGAUUUUUUCACAAAUGCAUGAUCACUGAGUGGGUUGAUUAGACGUGCUGGAUAAUGUUUUGCAUUUAGAGACUGACAUUGAUGCUGCUCCAAUUUCAGUUUACACACGCCUCCGUUCCACACCCACCCCGACGUCUUUUGUGUCUGUUUCCAUGGGCGAGGCCUCGACGACGGAUGCAGAAACCUCCGAAAUUCACAGCGCUGCAGGUUUUAUUUCGCAUCUGACUCAUAUAUAUUGGGAAUUCAGGGGUGAUUUGGGUGGAUUGUAAUUAGCACGUGAUUUUCGAGUCUGAAUGUACAGUGGAUGUGCUGUCUCAUGAAAUACUUGCAGAACAUCGGAAAUGCGAUUUCUAUUCGUAAGAUAAGGUAACUAGGGUUGUGAUGCUAAUUAUCGUGUUGCAUACUGGCAAGAUGCUCCAGUCACGUCGUGCUGCUGGUUUUCGGACGAGCUUUUUAUCAGCCGCAUUCGUGACUUUUUUCCAAAACAGCUGACUACUAACUUAUUGGGGUUUGUAAAAGUCCGUAGGCCGACGCUACGUGCCUCACACGUUCCUCGUCCACCUUCAAUGCGAACUAGACAUAAACAGUCUGUGUGAGCCUCAUCCCUAAGAUCUAUUUAAGAGGCCAAAAUGUGGCCAUCUCGACCUGACCUUCGGGGUAUUUGACCAGAAAAUCUCACCACUUAACAACAACCUAAAAUUGGCACGAACACCGGAUGGGGCACGCAUAUGUCAAAUUUAUUUAAACAAGAAGAUAAUGCGAAGGGCCGCGGUCACUGUCCUUUCUCUCCUUGCCGAUCACUGGAUGGAAGUAGUCAGACCCCGGGAAUACGGAUUGCCCUGGAAGACGGUUUGCCCGUUAGCCUGACUGCUGGCUACCCGGCCCGUUCACAGUUUGCGGAUAAUGGAACGGCCUUCACUGACGGUUAGCUGCGAAGAAAGCAGACCGAGGUCCAACAAAUAUGCAUUCACCGACCAGCGGCAACAUUACCCCCAGGGUGCGGAGGGCUGAGUUCUGGCAUGCUAAAAGCCUCAUAAAAAAGUCUCAAAGCCCGAUGACGAAACUGUGGCAUGGCAACCGUCGACCACCACUGCAUAAGUUUGCUUGAGACCGCUGCUUUCUGCAUGCGCUUUGAAGCCAAAGCGCCAGAUGAGACGAGCUCGAACAAACAAUCCAAGCGGCUGUUGGGGGUCCGCCUGUACUCAAAAUUACCAAGAAACCUCAGGAAAUAUGUCACACUACAGUACUACGACCGAUACCACGACAUCCGCGGAAACCGACGAGCUCAGCAACCCUUGUCCAGUGGUGCGGGCGACUAGUAUGUUAGCCAGAAUAAACAAUCGGGGACGGACUCCUGGUAUUGGAUGCUGGAAUGUUUGAAUGUUCCUGGACCCUGGUACUCAAAGUCUGACCGCACACAGCCUUACUCACUACAGGGUAGAUGUCUACUGCCUGUCUGAGGUUUGAUUACUUGACUCAGGCUCUCGGGAAAUAAAGAUCCUUGGAGUCGACUCACACCUCACCCUGUACCACAACGCCCAUUGCUAUUCUUCUGGUAGACACGGUGCAGAUACCCACCUCUCGCAACGAGCGGACCUCGUUUCAGUUGCUUGGGAACCAGUCAAUGAGCUAACUGCCUACGUGCGACUGAAGGGUCACUUCACGAACGCCUCUAUUGUAUUUGUGUACACACCAACUUCAGCUGCCGAACAGGACGAUAAAGAGGUGCUUUACUUGCAGCUGUAA